AUGACCACUGAACCUUUCAAGACUUUAGAAAACCAAUCAAUCACUUUGAGGUAUAGACCUUUCGAUAACCAAACUGAUGAUUUAGAUCGGAUCAUGGAACUGGUUGAGGGGGAGCUGAGUGAACCUUAUAUCAUCUACACAUAUCGUUACUUUUUGUCGGGUUGGCCUCAACUUUGUUUUUUAUGUUUUGCAGAUGGAUCAAUUGAAACCCCUACGAAUGAAAAUGAUGGUUUAAUCAAUAGUACUCCAGUUGGAGCUAUUGUUUGUAAACAAGAAACUCGAUUAGGAAAACUUAAUAGAGGUUAUAUUGCAAUGUUGACAACCAAAAAAGAAAUGAGAAAACAAGGCAUAGCUCGAAAGCUUGUAAAAAUGGCUAUUGAUCAAAUGGUAAAAGAUGGUGCCGAAGAAAUCGUUUUAGAAACAGAAUUUGACAAUCGAUCUGCUUUAGCAUUUUAUCAACGACUUGGAUUCAUUCGAGAAAAAAGAUUAUAUGCAUUUUAUUUAAAUAGAAAAGAUGCUUUUAGAUUAGUUUUACCUAUUAACCGAGAAGAUGAUUAUGCUUGA